GAGGACGGCGGUUGAACACUGAACGUAUUGCCCCGCACAGACAGACAGCUACGUGCUUCCAGAAGGUCUGCACAAUGGAGUUCCACGUUCUCACUGGAGUGAAACAGCAGGCUCUCCUCCCGCUCCUCCUCCUCCUCGUCCUCAGCUCCGCGGUCACUUCUGCAGACCAAGCAGCGAAUCUGAGGAACUCCCAGUGUCACAACUACGCCGGAGGACACGUAUAUCCCGGGGAGGCUUUCCGCGUCCCCGUCUCCGACCAUUCUCUGCACCUGAGCAAAGCCAAGAUCUCAAAGCCAGCUCCACACUGGGAAGGAACGGCCGUCAUCAACGGAGAGUUCAAGGAGGUGAAGUUGUCGGACUACAAGGGGAAAUAUCUGGUCUUCUUCUUCUACCCUCUGGACUUCACGUUUGUCUGCCCCACUGAGAUCAUCGCGUUCAGCGAUCGUGUCCACGAGUUUCAGGCCAUCAACACAGAAGUGGUCGCCUGUUCUGUAGACUCCCAGUUCACUCACCUGGCCUGGAUCAACACGCCCAGGAAGGAGGGAGGCCUCGGACCAAUGAAGAUCCCCCUGCUGUCCGACCUCACUCACCAGAUUUCCAAAGACUAUGGAGUCUACCUGGAGGACCAGGGUCACACACUGAGAGGACUCUUCAUCAUCGAUGACAAAGGCAUCCUGAGGCAGAUCACCAUGAACGACCUCCCAGUAGGGAGGUCCGUGGAUGAGACCCUGAGGCUGGUCCAGGCCUUCCAGUACACUGACAAACACGGAGAAGUGUGUCCAGCAGGAUGGAAGCCCGGCAGCGACACAAUCAUUCCAGACCCGUCCGGCAAACUGAAGUAUUUUGACAAACUGAACUGAUGAAUGUUAUUUGUGAAAAACCACCAUCUGCUAAUGGGCCAAAUAAAUGUUUUUAUAAAAAAA